AUCACCAUGGACAUGCUCAACCAGAUACUCAGCAUCAAUAACGGUGGCGCCUACGGGGGCGGCAAGGCUGGCGGCGCCUUCGACCCCCUCACGUUCGCCAUGAAGCCCCAAGUGGUCAUCAGGGCCCUCUGCUGGCUCUUCUCGGUGGUGGUCUUCGGCUGCAUAUCCUCGGAGGGCUGGACGGAGAAGGAUGGCAAGGAGUACUGCCUGUAUAAUGGCGACGGCAUGGCCUGCAAGUAUGGCAACAUGGUGGGCGUCUUCGGGUUCCUGGCCUCCAUGGGUUUCAUGGGUGGCGAGUUCCUGUUCGAACGGAUGUCGUCGGUGAAGAGCAGAAAGCGUUACGUCAUGGCCGACAUGGGUUUCUCGGCCUUCUGGACCUUCAUGUACUUCGUGGCCUUCUUGUACUUGUGGUCCCAAUGGAGCUCCUCACCCCCACCGCCGCUGGGAAUCGGAGCUGGCAGCAUGAAGACCGCCAUUUGGUUCUGCCUCUUCUCGAUUGUCAGCUGGGCCUUGUGCGCCCUGAUGGCCUACAAGCGUUUCCUGAUCGGCGCCGGCGAUGAGUUCACCUCUGCCUUCGAAACGGACCCGGCCAAUGUGGUCCACCAGCAGGCCUACGGAUACUCCAUGGACAACGACAACGACCAGUACAGCGCCUCUCCAUUUGGCCAGCCCCAGCAGGGAGGCAUGGAGCAGCAACAAUCCGGAUUGGAGUACCAGCAGCCCACCUACUAAGGAAUUAACACACCUGCUCCUCCGUUGUCCGCACACACACUCACCUCGAUUUUGUAGUGCAACUGGCAAGGAAUUACACGACUAAACAGCUACAACACACAAGUUGGCUUUACCAUAUACACCGAUGUCGAACAUAUAACAAGAGUAACCGAAACAAUAACAAUAACAAUUGAUGCAACAAGCAGGCAGCAGCAGAAACCAAUCCACGCACCGGCUUUAGCUAUUGGGAGAUAUUAUGCGAUGGGAGAUAUUAUAUGGGAUAUAUCCGAUGUGGGAUGGAUCGGAUGAGUAGUUCGAGUAACUCGUAAGCUAGCCCUUUAAGUUGAGUGUGCAGUUUUUUGUAGUGGAAAUUUGUUGCAAUAUAUUAUACAGAUAUACAGAUAUACAACUAGUUAUAUAUCCCAUAUGUAUACAUGCAACCCGCGCUUUCAACGUUGUUAGUUAUUUAGUGUUUACGUGUACGUACAUACCAUAUGCUAUGGUAUGGUGUGGUAUAUAUGAUUUGAUUUGUGCCAGACCCUGGUCCCCCGAUAAUCAGCUUGUUAGCAAUGGCAAUAGCUCGAGACAGAGGGAAACACGACGUUUUUUAGAUAAAUUUACACACGUGCAGUGCAAAUACGAGUAGUUAAAGGACAUACGAACCACUGCUCAAGCCACAUAUCCAAUUUACCAUCUGAGAUUUACCCAACUAAUAGACCUGUGGCCAGGGUCGAUGCUUGGUUAGAUGAGCAGCAGAGUACAGAGUGCAACCACUACAAUAAACGCCAAACAAUAUGUAAAUUCUAAACCGUAAGAGAUCAAUAACCGUAGAAUUGUUGUGAGGGAUUCAGUACUCGGGAGAUUACUGCAGGAAUAACAUACUAUAUUUCUAGUUAUGGUUCGCAAAACACGCCGAAUUGAAAUGGUAUAGGGCUUGUUCAAGGCUUACUGUUGCCACCCCCUUCCUACCAAAAGAUUUGUAUAGUAACUAUAAAUGCCCCAG